AUGGGGCCGGUUCCGAAGACAGAGGAGGAAGACAAGCAGGUGCAGGCCAGCCUGGUUGCUCCGAUUCCACCGACCCUGGUGCGGCCAGAAUGGAGCCAGAGCGUUGACUCUGUGUCUGCGAACGGACGAUCCUCAAGUUCUGGACGAUUCCAUGGCGAAUUUCAGGACAUGGCUCACUGCCUCAGUCGAGCGAGUGGCUCUGAGCAGCUCCUCGCGUUGCAAAGCCUGUGUGAGGCUUUGCAAGAUGGAGGGCACGAUGCAGCCGAGCGUGCCUGUGCUGCUGGAACGGUAGAGGUGUCACUUGGGCUGCUGCGUGCAGGUGCAGGUCGGAGGUUUUCAAUGCAGAGUUCAUCGAGGUUUGGGGGACGUGUCUCAUGGUCGAGGUGGUUCGGACUUCCAAUGCAAAGCAUGUAA